UCGGUAUUUAUUCAUUGCAUUCCCUCACCCCGUUAGUAUCCACGGCCGCUGCUUAAUUAAACAACUAUUGAGUUAAUGUUCCUCAAACUUUGGUAAUUUUCUGAAUUGAAUAGAUCUGUGAUCAGAGAUCCAUUGAAAUAUCUUCAACAUAGUAUGGUGUCUAUUAGUUUCAUGUUAAGAACAAGUUGGUUUUUAUUUUCCACGCGCACCUUGCAUUCAGUUUUAGUCUUUACAUAUUGAAGUACUGAGCAAAUUAAUUAUCCUGCAUAAGCCGAUGGUAUCUUUUUAUCUAGUUGUUCUUCGAUUUGAUUGGCUGUCAAUCAGCUGAGAUAUGCUUGGAGCGCAUUUCGAGCUGAUCUGUGAAUUUGACGUUUCGCCGAUGUGUUGUGAUGCGCACAAAUGACGCUAGGAUCAUUACGGAAGCUGUUCAAAAGAUUUGUUUACCUGCAUGAUAACGGGGAGGAUCAAAAACUUCAAUUAAAACAUUCAGACAUGUUCCUCGCCUGCUGCUUGAUAAACGGGCUAUGAUACGGAAUCUGCCACAUUUUUCAUACCUUUCAAAUAUUCGUGUCUGAUUAUCAUAUACAUAGACAAAGAUCAGGAGCUAUAGGAUCUAUCAUAUCACCAGAGCUCGUGACAUUAUUGACUCUGGGAGCAUCUCAAGAUGUAUUUACGUUAACACCUCAGAUGGGACUACAGACUUGGAGUAUUAAGCAUGCCUGUUUUGGCUUGGAUGUGUCUGUCCGUGUUUCCCGUUUUGUCCGUGUGUAUUAUUCCGGACGAACAACGGCUUCUAGAGAAGUUACUAGCCGACUAUAACCCCGCGGCCCGCCCCGUGUACAAUGCGUCCAAAGUGGUCCUCGUUAAGUUCGGGAUAACCCUGGCCCAGAUUUCGGAUAUGGAUGAGGUAAACCAGGUGCUGACUACCAGCGUGUGGCUGGAACAGGAAUGGCAAGACGAACGAUUGAUCUGGGAUCCAAAUGAAUACAAUGGACUGGAAACCUUGCGCAUGCCCUGUGAUAAGAUUUGGCUUCCGGAUAUAGUACUUUACAACAGCGCGGAUGACUACACUUCCGGAUAUAUGCAGAGUAAGGCAAUGGUCCGGCACGACGGAAACGUAUUCUGGCCGCCUCCCGCCAAGUUCCGGAGCUCUUGCAAGAUCGAUAUUACAUUCUUCCCGUUUGACGACCAAAUUUGUAAAAUGAAAUUUGGUUCCUGGGCCUAUGAUGGAUUCCAAGUGGAUAUAACAAACAGGACCGCGCAAGUGGACCUGUCCAACUACGUAUACAGCGGGGAGUGGGAACUGAUUACUAUAUACGGGGUUAGGAAUGAAGUGGUUUACCAGUGUUGUAAUAUUCCUUACCCGGAUGUGACGUUUACUAUUGUCAUGCGCAGAAAGACGCUGUAUUAUCUUUUCAAUAUCAUAUUUCCAUGUCUAUGGUUGACGAUUCUUAGUUUGUUGGGUUUCUGGUUGCCGCCCGACAGCGGGGAGAAAAUAACACUCGGAAUUACCGUGCUCCUGGCCUUCUCUGUAUUCAUGCUUCUUAUCGCUGAAAACAUGCCGGCUACUUCAGAAUUCGUUCCUUUGAUAGGUAUUUAUCUGACAGUGACGAUGGGUAUGACGUCAUUGUCUAUCAUACUAACAGUUUUUGUGCUACAGCUACAUCACGUGGGUCCGCACCAGAGACCUGUGCCAAGAUGGCUGCGCUUUUUGUGUGUGGACAUCUUAGCAAGAUUUAUGUGUAUGCGUCAAUCUCAAAUUCCACAGCCGUUUGUGGACGAAUUCCGGAAGGACGAUAUGUGUUUGACUACAUUCUUUGAGAACGUUGAAAACGGUAACACCGCUGGCACGUGUAAUGGAAAUAUUCAGCAAAACUCCAAUAAUACUAUCAACAAUUACCAGAACGAUAAAUACCAUAUAGAAAUGGAGAGGGACAAAACACACCAGAAAAUUACCAACCAUUUGAAGCUUCUUGUGGAGAAGCAAGACUAUGAGGAGAACCACCAGGGUAUAGUCCACGAGUGGCAGUUCGUGGCCCAUGUGAUGGACAGGGUUCUGUUCUGGAUAUUUCUGUUCGCUGCUGUCUUAUCGUCCAUUUUAAUUUUAGUCGUACAGCCGUUAAUGAAGCCGCCAUUACAAUAA